CAAAGGUGUUGCCUAGAAGCGGCAUUCUCCAUAACGAGGAAAUGAUCUCAUGCAAAUAAGGGCUGGACUAGAGUGUAGUAUGCAGACGGACUCCUAAGAGAACUCAUCCAUCACAAUUUGAUUGCACUGAAGUUCAGAGUUUGACAGAAGAGAAGACCAUGCCUUUUUGCAAUUUUCCUUUCACUGCUGAUAAGACUGUGAAGAACAGGGCAUUGAUAGUGUCUGUGGAGAGCUUCAAUCCAGGUGAAGAUCUGAUCAAGAGAAACGGCGUGAAGAAAGACACUCAGAGACUUCACAAAACCCUCAGCAAGCUCGGCUUCUCUGUGGAAAUCAGAAUGGACAUCAAAGCAGAUGACAUCUAUAAAGCCUUCAAAGCAGCGAGCAAGAAGACGGUCAAAGACUGUUUUGUGGGCGUCAUAUCCAGUCACGGUGAGGAGGGUGUUGUGUUCGGAGCUGACGGACGUGCUGUGAAACUGGCUGAGAUCUACAGCUACUUUGGAGGUCCGUCAAUGGCAGACAAGAGCAAGCUUUUCUUGAUUCAGGCUUGUCGAGGGCAUGGGUUGGAUGAAGGUGUGGAGGUUGACUCUUCAUUCUCCGAGGAAGAGGAGGGAGUGUCUGAGCUGUUUUCCAUCCCUAUUGACACAGCAGUCAUGUACGCCACAUCUCCAGGUUACGGUGCAUUCAUGCAUCCUCUGGGCUCAGAGUUGAUCCAAACCUUUUGUAAGCUGCUAGAAGAGGAAGGAGGUCCAGAUCUGGAGAUCACAAGACUCCUGACUCGGAUAAACUUCCAGGUGGCCUACAACUUUGAAUCCAGAGGGAAAGUGUUGGGCGGCAAGAAACAGAUGCCCUGCUUUGUGACCCGCUUUACCAGAGAGGUUUUCCCGUUCAGAAAGAUGGCAGCGGCAGAAGAUUUGAGCUUGAGCUUUGCAGCCACGCAGCUCAUCGAUGAACCCAGUCGAUCACGGAAGAGCUCCAUCAGCUGAACAGAGACUGACUGGAAGAACACAUGGAGAAACUGAUUCAUCACGUUAUCUCAUUUGAUCAGAUAACAGAAUCACGUAAAGUCUCACGGGAAUAGGAAGUGAGGUGUUUGGAAACAUGCAGGAUGCGAUUGGUUUUAUAGUGCUGUGUAUGCUACUUCCUUUUAUAUGUUUCCCUAAAGUAAAACAAUCAUUUUCUGUUUCAUUUCAAAGAGUAUUGAGGAAAAAAAGAAAGACAUUUAUUUAUAUAUAAAUCUUGAAAGUGUUUAUUUAAGUGUCUGUAUUAUAUGUGUCAUUCAAAUAAAACCUUAACCGGAUGAUUCUUGAAGCUCAUUGUCUUACUAAAUUCUAAAUCAUGAACACUAUUGCAACUGCAUAUUAAUGAAGCACCAUUUCUGGGAAACACUUGUGUAACAUUAAACCUGAUCCUGAUCGAAUUCGAAACUAAAGUCAUGCCCAGGUUUCUUUGUCUCAGGUUACAACAUAUUCAUACCUUGCCCUUGGUAUAUUUACUGUACUUCAAGGUGUGAGUGUUUAUUACACGCUCUGUCCUUCUGCAAGUGCUCAUGAUGUGAGUUGACAGCCAAUCCAGACAUGUAGGAUUUCAACAUGGCCUGUUGGUCACAAACACUAAUGCCAGGUUUAAUUUAACUGUGUGUAGAGUGAUGACUGUUACGUGCACUUAUGUGCUUAUUAAAUGAAUGUCUGGUAUGUGAAUCAGACAGACUGUGAUAUGCAGUUAAGUAUCUGGUGAUUCUCUACCUACUGGAACUA